CACCUUAUAUGAGUGCGGGGUCACUUAAUUAUUAUUCGGAAACCGCAAUCCGUUACAAUCAAACAAUCCCACCCAAAUUAUAAUUGGUAGAAAAUAACUUUUCCACCGAAUCUCUUUUAGUUGCCGUCCAACGCGCAGCAAUCUUUGCAAGAAGUUGCUGAUUACCCAUCGGCUAAUUUAAAUUAGCAUUUAUCGGCAUAUGUAUACAAACUUUUACCUCUUGUAUAUUGAAGGUUGUCGAGUUGUGUGGUUGUAAUUUAUUAAAACCUGUACGUAAAUGGUACAGCAGUUAAAUUAAUAAUUCCAGGGAUUUUAAACAGAGCAAAUCAAACAUGAUUGCAAAUAUUACAUUUUUUGGUAUUAUGGCUCCGGUCUUCACCAUUUUUAAUCAGGAUUUCUCAGUGAAUACAGAGCGGAUUCCAGAUUACGCCCAUUAUCUUCUAGAUGCCGGAAUUAAUGCGAUUUUAGUUGCUGGUUCAACUGGUGAAGGUACUUCGCUUUCACUACAAGAGCGCAAAAACUUAACAGAAGCAUGGGCUGAAGCGGUGAAAAAAACAUCGCAAUCACUAAUGAUUCAAGUCGGAGGAGGGCCGUUUCCGGAUGUGGUAGAGCUUGCAAGACAUGCUGAUUCCUUGGGAGUUGAUGCGAUUUUAACCCUUCCCGAACUGUAUUUUAAACCGAAAAAAACUCAAGAACUAAUAAGCUACUUGAAGUUUGUCAGCGCCGCCGCUCCAAAUACUCCUCUUUUCUACUAUCACUAUCCGACUCAAUCUGGAGUGAAUAUUGAUAUGGGCGAAUUUUUGGAACAAGCAAAUGGACAAAUUCCAAAUUUGAAAGGCAUUAAAUAUACGUCCAGUGAUUUAGCCGGGGGUCAUGCAGCUUUAAGGGCAGCUAAUGGAAAAUAUACGAUCAUUAUUGGGGGCGAAGCUGUAAUUGAACCAGCCUUAGCUUUAGGUUUUACUUCUGCCAUGGCAGGCGCGAUAAACAUGUUUCCUCGAUACGUGAGAGAAAUGUUUGAUACAAUUCAACACAAUAAGUUAGAGAUUGCAGCCGAAUUGCAACGCAAUCUAACGGAAAUUACCAAUAUUGUAUCACAAUAUGGAGCUAAAAUAGCGGGACUGAAACUGGCCAUGAACCUUUUUACGCCUAUUAACGUCGGGCUAGCGCGACCACCUUUGCAAAAUCCCAGUCCAUAUAAAAUUGAGGAAAUAAAAAAGCGGUUGGAACCGUUUUUGUAAUGGUGCCCAGGUAUUACACCCCAAUUGAACUUUGGUUCAAAUAGCAGCGACUGAACAUUUAAUGUUUUUAUCAGGAUAGGUUUCUCAUAUAUAUUUUUAUAAUAAAUAAAUAAAGUUGUAACACCUUUUUUUAAUUACAAAUACGUGUUUUUCCCAAACCCACGAUGCUUCCUUUGCAAUAGAAACAAUGUAAUGACGACUGAAUAUACUAUUCCAGGUGUGGGUUCUUGAAGAAAAAAACUUCAUAUCUUAUCACCAUAAGUUUUAUUAAAAUUAUAAAAAAUUAUGCUUUUAAAAAAGGUAAUUUAUAUACAGAGUUUAUCAUUAAAAAUAUUUCAAAGGCAAAACAAAAGGAUUCCUUGUUCGUGUUGAUUAAGAUCUAAAAGCAAAAAACAUUGACAUCUUAGAAAAAUAACUAAGAAUACAGGGUCUUGACGAUUUAACUGUGGAUUAGCUUACAUAAAAUAAUCUCAUGUCAACAAAGUACAACACUAACGAACAAACCUACAGACAUGGAAAAAAUCAUGGUUCUGUAAUGGAAAUACAUAUAGUAAUUAUUAUAGAGAUUAAUUUUUUUAACGUUUGGUACCCAUAGUUGCGUCCUGAUUCUUUACUGGUUUUCGUUUGUUUAAUCGAAUUAUAUUGUUUUUGGAUGAAUGAUACUUGUAAAUAACAUAGAUAGCAUACCCUUAAAAUAAAUUUAGAAAAAUAAUUUCUCUAUUACUCGCUAACGGUUACAAUGCUUAAAUAUUUACGACGAUGUAUUAGAGUAACACGACAACUGAUAAUUUUUCAACUUUCAUUUACAGCCUUUCAGGAGCUAGAAAAAAGUUGAUAAUUUAUCACGAUCCCACAAUACUAUUGACCUAUUGAACUGCAAUGUUAUAUCAAAUGUUCAAAAUACGUGGGGAAAACAUAUGUAAAAAUGACUUGGUUCUUUUAUUAGCAGGUUGUCGUGCCUAAUGGUUCUUUAUAAGUAGAAUAUACAAGAACGUAAUGAGGAAAGUUAGAUGGAAGUUCUUUUCUAUAAACAUUCGGCCUUUAUAUAUAGGUAUAUAUAAAUAUCAAAAACUAUAAACUUAUUACCUCGUCACAUGUUUUGGUAAAUUCCUAGAUGUUUUUUUUUUUGGAUUUGUUAAACUGAUUGAACGCUAUUCAGUGUCCAAUGAAAAAGCAAAAAUUUCAAAAUUUGAAUCUCAACUAAAUUCUGAGUUGAAUUUUGCUUUCAAAGAUAUACAUAUAUCGGUUGUAAUAAAUCCAAAAUACAUUUCUGAGAUCGAAGUUUUAUAAUAUAUGUGUACAUGUAUUAUAAAAAUUAUCGAGCAGAUAUAAAAAAUGUGAAAGCGUAUUUUAUAGAACAUUUGAGAAAACAGGCCUAUGUGAAUUGUAUUAUAAAAA